GCUUCUCCUCAGCAGAACCACUGACGUGCGCCGCAGCGCUCAUUUGAUUGGCUCAGAGGAAGCCGCCGGCAAAAAACUUUGCCUGUGAUCGGUGUUGAUGAUUUCGUGCUGCUGCAGUUGCUGUUGAAGUUUUGUCAUUUGGCACCACUAAUUCAGAUCCCACGCACCAUGCUCGAUCCAUUAGAAAAUGGCUUGUUUGAUAUACCAGAUUAUGAGCACAUAGAGGACGAGAGAUUCCCUCCUCUCCCUCCUCCAUUAUCGCCUGGUCAGGGAAACAUCGAGGAGGAUCCUUUUGGCAAUGGAGAGGGUGAGGAGGAAGGAGAGGUCUCAAAACUAGCAGACGUUCCAGUGGCAAAGAGACGAACAGUGAUGAGGCCUCGGCCUAAACUGGAUGCAAACAGGUUGAUUUCUGAAAAGGGUCUUCCAGCUUUGCGUACAUUAUUUGAAGAUGUUAAAUUCAAAGGCAAAGGACAUGAGGCAGAAAAUCUGAAGCUCCUCUUGAAGAAAAUGGAGAACUGGGCCCAUCGCCUAUAUCCUAAAAUGCAGUUUGAGGAGUUUGUUGAUAAAGUGGAGAGUCUGGGUAGUAAAAAAGAAGUUCAGACAUGUCUGAAACGAAUUCGACUGGACAUGCCAAUAACACAUGAGGACUACGUUGAGGAGCCUGAGGUUCAAGUACCAGAAGAGUCUGAUCCAGUUGAAGACGAAGGUUUCCCUGAAGAUCCAUUUGUCCAUUCUACUCCCGCUCCAGCCUCCCUCACAGAGGAACAGCAGCGGCGCAUAGAGCUCAACAAACGGCUGGCUCUGGAGAGGAGACUUGCGAAGCAGAAACAGUUAGAAUCCUCUCAGAAUUCCAUCCAGGCAGAUGCAGACGAACCCUCAACCAGUUCUUCAGGGCAGUACCUUAGUCAAGAAAAUCAGGGCACUUUCGACCAGAGCACCUCAGACCAAACGCCGCUCAAACAAAAGUCAGCCGCGCUUCAGAAUUCUCCUUUGUAUGAUAAUGAGUGUGCUAGUCCAGUUCCAAAUGGCAUAGUUGAUGACGAUGACGACUGAAGCAAUCCUCCCCAUUUGUACCAAGAGGACUGUGAAUAACUGUGAGUGAUUUUGGGAAAGGCAAAAGGCUUUUUCAUGUUUAACCUUGUACAACCUUCCCAGUCGUAUGCCAAACAUAUUUUAAAGCUUGUUGGCAGUUUUGAAAUGCCAACCCAGGCCUUGUUCACCACAUUGAUCUUAGUUAAGUUUGCUUGCAUUUUGUCAUGUUUCAUCCUCCGUGAGGAUUUUGGAAUACAUGUGCUCAAAUUGAAAACAUUUUCCCUCCGUUUUAUUCUGAGGGUUCACACUACGUUCUGUGAACCUAAGAAUAAAUUCACCAAUUGGCUGAAGUUUAUUAUAAUGUCCCAAUGUAAGCACACUUGAGGUUAACCCAUUUCCUUUUUUUUGAAAAUGUUUAUCCCUGUUAUUUCAAUGUACUUUCUAUUUUCUGAAUAAAAAUGUUAAUGUAGAAAA